AUGGGCUGCGCCGGCAGCAAGGCGCCACCCGAGCCGGGGGGCGAGCUGCCGGCCGACAGCCAGGAGGAGGUGUGGCUGAGGAAGCGGCAGCAGGCUGCAGAGAGGAGGAGGAGCAGACAUGUGGUGGGCGGCGGCGGCCCAGCGGGCGGCCUGGGCGGGGCGGCGGCGCCUGCGGGGCUUCCGCCCACCGGGGCGCUGCGCCGCCAGCCCACCUCCUCCCUUGGCAGCUCCGACAGCGACAGCGAUGUGGCCAGCGACUGGGACCGCUACAGCUGGCACCUCGAGGCGGAGCACCCAGGCAAGGCUAGCAGGCCUGGCAGCCCGGCGGCCGCGCCUGAGCAUGACGGGCUCACUGGGCAGCCAGCUGAGGUGUGCCUGCUGGGCUGCGCUGUAAUGCGGCACGACUCCCUGUUUGGGCUGAGCACCGCGCCGGCGCUGACGCCUGUCAGGGACAGCGGUCAGCUGCGGCUGUGCAAGGUGUCUGGCUGCACGUUUGUGAACCAGUACAUGGUGAUCAAGGGCUCCUCGGGCCGCGUCUUCCUGUGCAUGGGCCUGGAUGACUACCGCCUGUAUGCGGUCAAGAUUGUGAAGAAGGAUCAGGCGGGGCAGCGCAAGGCGGCGCGCAGCGGCGCGGCCCGCCGGCCGCGCGACCCUCUGGAGGAUCUGCGCCGCGAGAUUGCCGUCAUGCGGCGCUCGCUGCACCCAAACGUGGUGGCGCUGCGGGAGGUGGUGGACGACAGCAGCAGCAACAAGAUGCUGCUGGUGAUGGACUACAUGGAGGGCGGCCCUGUGAUGACGCGGGAGGGCCUGGAGCGGGGCCACAGGAUACCCGAGGAGGUUGCCCGCCUGUACUUCAGGGACAUGUGCAAGGCUCUUGACUACCUGCACUGCGCCCGCAAGGUGGUGCACGGCGACUUGAAGCCAGAGAACGCCCUGAUGGGCGCCGCCGGCCGCGUCGCGCUCUCCGACUUUGGCUGCAGCAAGGUCCUGUCAGAGUCUGACGCACAGUUUGAGCGCUGCAACGGCACGCCCGCCUUCCUGGCUCCAGAGAUGAUGCGCCCCAAUGCGCGGUACAGGGGCCGGCCCGCCGAUGUUUACGCUCUGGGAGGCUGCCUCUACUCCUUCGUCUUUGGAAAGAUCCCCUUCAGGCACGCUGCCAACACCGCCAUUGCAGCAGCAGCAGCAGCAGCAGCAGCUUUAUUAGGGCCCCACCCUCUGUUUGAGGUGGUGCAGACGCAGCCGGUCACCUUCCCUGCCGACCUUGCUGCCUCGGAGGAGCUUCGGGGGCUGCUGCUGGGCAUGCUGGAGAAGGACCCUGAGAAGCGACUGUCGCUGGCCCAAGUCAUGGCGCACCCGUGGCUGAUGGCGGGCGGCGCCCUGCCUCCGCUGCGCUCCUGCCUGCAGCGGGACCCAGGGCAGCGGCCUCAGCGGCCGCCGGCAGACGGCGCAACAGCAGCGGCAGCAGGAGUAGACGCAGAGGGCGACGGCAGUGGAGCUGAGCAGCAGCAGCAGCACCCCGGCAAGGAGGAGGGGGAGGAGGAGGAGGAGCGGGAGCGGGAGCAGCAGGAGCAGCUGCUCAAGGGAUCGCUGGAGGGGCUGGUGGCGGAUGGCGGCCUGCAGGUGCACAGCUUUGCGGCGGGGGAGCAUCUGAUGACGCGAGGCCAGGCAGGCGCGCGGCACAUGCUGCCCGUGCGCUUUGCAGGCGCGCACCUGCUGUACAUUUUAGAAGGGGAGUGCGAAGUCCUGUACAAGACCGCUCCGCUGCCACCACCGCAAGCGCCCGCCCCUGCGGCACCUGCCGCCAGCAAGCCAGCCAGCGCCUCCCAGCAGCAGCAGCAGCAGCAGCAGCAGCACAUACGGCAGGUGCAGGAGGACAGUUCAGUAGGCAGCCGGGCGGGGGACACCGUGGGCGGGCCUGCGGCGGCGGCAGGUAAGCGGCGCUCUGCUGCCGCGCUGUUCACGCCUAGCGUGCACGCCCGCGACAGGCACCGCAGCGCCGAGCCGGCUGCCGGCCCAGAGGGCAGCCUAGCCAGCACCGGCACGCAGGCAGCACAGCAGCAGCAGCAGCAGCAGCGGCAUGUCGAUGCGCUCUGCUCCCUGAGGGACAGCAGCUACAUUGCCGAGGCUGCUGUAGCGGCAGCGGAGGACAUGGAUGGUGCUGGGGCAGCACAGGGGGUGCCGCAGCAGGCCCCCAGCAGCCUGCAGCGCCUGGAGAGCACCGCCAGCAGCUACGCCCAAAUCGCCUUGCCAAACCAUCGCACCAGCAGCCAGGCAGAGGGCGGAGCAGCGCUGCCGCCAGCUGGUGGCAGCGCCCUCCCUCCGCUGCCCCCCAAGCGGCAGCCGAUCCAGCAGCCCCAGCCCCAGCAGCAGCUCCACGUCAGCAUCCCGGCAGCCCAGGGCGACCCUUCCACUCCCAACCUGUCCCCCGAAUCAUCCGGGGCGGGCGCGGCAGGCGGCAGCGGCGGCGCCACGCCCCCUCAAGGCAGCCCAGAGGGCCUGGCAGCAGCAGCGGCGGCCGCAGCAGCAGCCACGCCAAGCCCAGGGCCCUACGGCCUGCAGCGGCACAUGGGAGUUGAUCUGGAGGGGGCAGCAGCGCACCUCUACUCCCCAGGGCCUCCCUCUGCCACUGCCACGUCAGCGCCAGCCGGCCCCGGUGCCAGCCCAGCUGCCCGCGCCGCUGGCCAGGAGGAGCUGCAGCUGAGCGAGGGGGGGCAGCAGGUGCAGCAGGGGCAGCAGGGGCAGCGGCAGGGGUCUCCUCAGCCAGAGGUGGAGGGAGAGGAGCUGCCGCCCACGCUUCUAGACGCCGCCACCCGAGCCAAGGAGGUGCUGGAGAGCCUGCGCCGCGGGCCGCGGCUCUUCCUGGCGGCGCGCCGCGGGCCGGGGGACUUUGUGGGAGAAAUGGAGGCGCUAGGCGGCAGCCAGAGCCGGCGGGUGGCGACCGUGGUGGCGGCCAGCAGCAUCGUGCAGGCGGUGCUCAUCCCGUACCCGGCCGCCAAGUCCUACCUGGCCCAGUGCCCGCUGGCCAAGCAGCAGCUGGCGCAGCUCAUGUGGCUGCGCCAGAGCGAGGACAUAGUGCUGGAGGCGCUCGCCAGGCUGGCGGCGCUGGGAGACGACAUGCUGCGCCUGCUGCGCCAGUGA